CUCGGCAACCUGCGUCGAUACAUUGCAGAACAACGGGCGAAUCUCAACGCACUUCAGCAGAUGCAAAUCAUCCACGACAUCGCCUCCGGACUCGAGUUUUUGCACCAACGCGGUAUGCAGCAUAUGAACCUACACUCAGCCAAUGUCUUGAUCAGUUUACAGGGAAUGGCAAUUUUGACCGACUUUGGCAGGGCAAACAACCGGGCAGAGGUUGGAAUGCCUCCGAAACCGACAGCAGAACUCGAGAGGAUUCGAUCCUUGACCGUUGUGUUCCUCGCCCCUGAAGUCCUUGCGUCCAAUUCAUAUUCAAGCCGAAGCGAGGUUUAUGCACUGGGAAUGGUCAUGUUUGAAUUGUUAACGGGAAAGGUCGCUUUUGAA